AAGAAAUGCCUUGCCUAUUUUAAAAACGUAUCACUAGCGUUUAAAAACAUGGAAUACUAAUAUCUAGUAGUUUUCAAAGCCUAUUAGUAAGGUGCAACAGCAAGCAGAAGAGAGCUCCAAAACUCGAAGCUCAGCCACCAUUCACCACUGACCACUGCAACCACCACCACCACCACCACCACCCACCAUUAAAACCGAGAAACCCAUUACAUAGCCACCAUGGUUAAAAUGUCAAGUACCGGAGGUUUCACUUGAAAAAGCUUGUCGUUUUAUUUAUAACAUCAAUAUAACCAUCACGGCCACCACCACUACCACUAGCGGAACCACCACAAGUCGCCGCCAGUUUAAUUCUGGUAACAUUCUUUCGCCGCUAACUUAGGACUGUUUGACUUAUUUCAACAUAUCGUCCACAAAAUAUUUAAUGGGCUUUUAGCUUUUUGUAAUUGUUUCACAUGCAUGGUUUAAUUUCAACUCUUUAGUGUAACGCUCAAGCAUCCUUUACAGUCACAUGGAUUUUGUCUCUUAAAUUUAACUUUCUUCUCCACCAUCGCUGUUUCAUCAUUGCCAAAGAUUUCUUAGUACUAAUUCAUAGCCCCAGUAAUGGAGAACCUAUCCCAUUGUUACUUCUCAUUCUUGAUCUUGGUAAUAUUAACAAUGGCAAAAACUCUACCUUUUGUAGUUUCUUUAUCUUCUGAUGGACAAGCUCUUCUUUCUCUUCUUUCAACAACUGACCCAUCUGCAAAAGCAUCAUCGUCAGUUCUUUCUACAUGGGACCCAUCAAGCUUAACACCUUGUUCUUGGCAAGGGAUUACAUGUUCUCCCCAAAAUAGAGUAAUUUCUCUUUCAAUCCCUGACACAUUUCUCAAUCUCUCUUUAGUUCCUUCACAACUUUCUUCUUUAACUUCUCUGCAACUUCUCAAUCUUUCUUCAACAAAUAUUUCUGGUUCAAUUCCUCCUUCUCUUGGCCAACUCACUCACCUUAGGCUGUUGGACCUCUCCUCUAACUCUCUUUCCGGACCUAUACCUCAAGAACUUGGCUCUCUCUCUUCACUUCAGUUUCUUUACUUGAACUCCAAUAGAUUAUCUGGUAAAAUACCUUCAGAACUGGCAAAUCUUACUUAUUUACAAGUUUUUUGUCUCCAAGAUAAUGUUCUUAAUGGUUCAAUUCCAUCCCAAUUAGGUUCUUUAAUCUCUCUUCAACAAUUUAGAGUGGGUGGUAAUCCUUAUUUGGAAGGGGAGAUACCUCCACAAUUAGGGCUACUAACAAAUCUCACAACAUUUGGUGCUGCUGCAACUGGGCUUUCUGGGGUUAUACCACCUACAUUUGGGAAUUUGAUAAAUUUGCAAACUUUAGCUCUUUAUGAUACAGAGGUUUUUGGUCCUAUACCAGCUGAGCUUGGUCUGUGCAUAGAGUUAAGGAACUUAUACUUGCAUAUGAAUAAGCUUACUGGCUCUAUUCCUCCUCAUUUGGGUAAGUUGCAAAAACUUACUAGUUUGCUUUUAUGGGGUAAUGCACUUUCUGGACCAAUCCCACCUGAGAUUUCAAAUUGUUCAUCUCUUGUUGUGUUGGAUGCUUCUGCUAAUGAUCUUUCCGGUGAAAUUCCGGGUGAUUUAGGAAAGUUAGUGGUCCUUGAGCAGCUUCACUUGUCUGAUAAUUCGUUAACUGGGUUGAUUCCCUGGCAGUUAAGUAAUUGCACAAGUUUAACUGCUCUUCAGCUUGAUAAGAACCAAUUUUCAGGUGCAAUUCCAUGGCAAGUUGGAAAUUUAAAGAAUUUGCAGAGUUUCUUCCUGUGGGGUAAUUCAGUGUCUGGUACAAUACCAGCUUCUUUUGGUAACUGUACCGAAUUAUAUGCUCUUGAUCUUUCAAGAAAUAAGCUUACCGGGAAAAUCCCAGAUGAGAUUUUCAGUUUGAAGAAAUUGAGCAAGCUUUUGCUUCUAGGGAAUUCAUUAUCCGGAGAAUUACCACGAAGUGUUGCAAAUUGUCAGUCUUUGGUGAGGUUAAGGCUUGGAGAGAAUCAGCUUUCAGGACAGAUUCCAAAGGAGAUAGGGCAGUUAGAGAAUUUGGUGUUUCUUGAUUUGUAUAUGAAUCAUUUCUCUAGUGCUCUUCCAAUUGAGAUUGCUAACAUCACAGUUCUUGAACUCUUGGAUGUGCACAACAAUCACUUCACUGGAGAAAUACCAUGUCAGCUAGGGGAGUUGGUGAAUUUGGAGCAGCUUGAUCUUAGCAGAAAUAGCUUCACAGGUGAAAUUCCAUGGAGUUUUGGAAACUUCAGUUACUUAAACAAGCUAAUCCUCAACAACAAUAUGCUUACAGGGUCAAUCCCGAAAUCCAUUCAAAACUUGCAGAAACUAACAUUGCUUGAUAUAAGCUACAACAGCCUCUCUGGUCCAAUUCCACCUGAAAUCGGUUACAUCACAAGCUUAACCAUCAACUUAGACUUGAGCUUCAAUGCAUUUACUGGAGAACUGCCUGAAACAAUGUCACGUUUGACUCAGUUGCAAUCAAUUGAUCUUUCCCAUAAUUUUCUUUCUGGAAAAAUUAAGGUUCUUGGUUCUCUUACUAGCCUCACUUCCCUUAACAUCUCCUGCAAUAAUUUCUCAGGUCCAAUUCCUGUAACACCAUUCUUUAGAACUGUGUCUUCGAAUGAGUACCUUCAAAAUCCAAAUCUUUGUGAAUCAACAGAUGGGUCUACUUGUUCAUCAAGGCUUGCAAGAAAAAAUGGGUUAAGAUCAGCCAAAACAGUAGCAUUGAUUUCUGUCAUUCUUGCUUCGGUGACUGUAGCAGUUCUUGCUUGCUGGAUUUUACUCACUCGAAAUCAUAGGUAUAUGGUGGAGAAAUCUUCAGGAUCCUUAGCUUCUCCAUCAGGAGCUGAAGAUUUCUCUUAUCCAUGGACUUUUAUUCCAUUUCAAAAACUCAACUUUUCCAUUGAUAACAUAUUGGAUUGUUUGAGAGAUGAAAAUGUGAUAGGAAAAGGUUGUUCUGGAGUUGUCUACAAGGCUGAGAUGCCUAAUGGGGAGUUGAUUGCUGUCAAAAAGCUAUGGAAAACGAAACAAGACGAACCAAUAGAUUCGUUUGCAGCAGAAAUUCAAAUUCUUGGACAUAUUCGACAUCGGAAUAUUGUGAGGCUCUUAGGCUAUUGUUCUAAUAAAAGUGUCAAGCUCCUUCUCUACAACUAUAUUCCAAAUGGUAAUCUGCAACAGCUCUUGCAAGGGAAUAGAAAUUUGGAUUGGGAAACAAGGUAUAAAAUUGCAGUAGGAUCAGCUCAAGGUCUAGCUUAUCUUCAUCAUGACUGUGUGCCUGCAAUUCUUCAUAGAGAUGUUAAGUGCAAUAAUAUACUCCUAGAUUCCAAGUUUGAGGCUUACUUAGCAGACUUUGGCUUGGCCAAAUUGAUGAACUCUCCAAAUUAUCAUCAAGCCAUAUCAAGAGUAGCUGGAUCUUAUGGUUACAUUGCUCCAGAGUAUGGAUACACUAUGAACAUAACAGAAAAGAGUGAUGUUUACAGCUAUGGAGUGGUCCUGCUAGAGAUUCUAAGCGGUCGCAGUGCAGUUGAAUCCCAAGUUGGAGAUGGGCUACACAUAGUUGAAUGGGUGAAGAAAAAAAUGGGAAGUUUUGAACCAGCUGUUUCAAUACUAGACACAAAGCUUCAAGGUUUACCAGACCAAAUGGUACAAGAAAUGCUUCAAACAUUAGGGAUUGCUAUGUUUUGUGUGAAUUCUUCUCCAGCAGAGAGACCUACAAUGAAAGAAGUGGUGGCAUUGUUAAUGGAGGUGAAGAGCCCACCAGAAGAAUGGGGAAAGACUUCUCAACCUCUAAUAAAACAGUCAACAACUCAUAGUUGAUUUUUUUUUUUUUUUUUUUUUUUUUUUUUUUUUUUUU